UCCAUCCAUCGUGGGGUUCUGCCAUUAACAUCUCCGGCAAAACCAUCCAUGGCUUCUCGAAGAAGGAAAAGAAGAGAGGAAGAAUGGCUCUACCCCCAUUGCUACCAUGAACCAGAGGCUCCUCAUUUCUUCAAGGUCAUACUCUCCAAAACACUUGAAGAAGGAAAGCUAGCUGUUCCGUUGAGGUUUAUGAGGAAAUAUGGAGAUGCUUUAUCGAACUCAAUACUUCUUAAGGUCCCGAGUGGCGAAUCAUGGCCGGUGGAACUGGAGAGGUGUAAUGGAAAGGCCUUCUUAUGCAAUGGAUGGCAAAGUUUUGCAGAGCAUUAUUCAAUCGAACACGGCCACUUUGUAGUCUUUAGGUACGUUGGGAAAUCCAUUUUCCAGGUGGUAAUAUUCGACAAGAGUGCGUCGGAAGUAGAAUAUCUCUUGAAAUAUGACGACCGUGCUAUCCGAAAGUCGAACCCUACGGGAGGGUCGACCGUCAUUAGGAUUGUGGAAGCUGGUGGGAAUGAUGUCUCGGUUGAAAUCAUCGGCGAUCCAAAGCCUCAAGGGAAAAGGAGUAAUUAUAAGCAAGAGUUGCAAUGUUCUUCUGGGCCUUCUAAAGUGGUGAAAUUCGAUCCGCCUGCAAAGGUUAAUAGUGACUCAAGCGUAUCAUCACGGACUCGUUCUAAACUGAGUUUGGGAUAUACCGAAUCUCAGGGGAAGCUGCUUCGGAGGUCGAAGAGACUAAAUUUGGGCUGUUUGUCUCGGGAACCUGCAGGGAAGGCAAGUCCUGUUGGAAAAUCUUCUAGUGAGGCUCUCAAAGCCGCCGAAGAAUUUCGAGCGACGCACCCUUUCUUUCGGCUUCAGAUAUAUCCAUCUCACUUGAAUCGAGGCCAUGUGACUGUACCAGAGAAAUUCUUGAAGAGGAUCAAUGCAGUAGAGGGUAUGCGGCCUGUGAAGCUGAGGAUUUUGGAGAAAUCGUGGUCAGCGAAUCUAUACUAUCAUGAUAAGCGGGGGGAGCGCAGAGGCUGGUUUUCUGAUGGUUGGGCAAAAUUCACAAAGGAGGCUAGUCUUUGUGAAGGAGAUGUUUGUGUUUUUGAACUAAUAGCGAGGAAGGGCCUCGUGUUCGAUGUCAUGGUAUUCAAGUGUUGAUCGUUUAAGGCAAAAAAAUGUUCGAGCUUUUUGUAGUACUGAUGAAUGUCAGAGUGUUGGAGAAACACUCCCUUAACUGUGCUUUUGUUUUAAUAGAUUAGAAGUAUGAAGUUUUCUUUCCUGUGAAUUUGAGGUAAAUUCUAACUGUUCCCAAAAGCUUUGGCAAGUUAUCACAAUUUUGCCGGCCUCAUCAAACUAAAUAAGAUGGCGUUUUGUUUACGUUAA